AUGGGGGAUAAAGUCAGUGAGAAGGUCGGAGGAGCUGAAGGCACCAAACUGGACGAUGAUUUCAAAGAAAUGGAAAAGAAAGUGGACGUUACGAGCAGAGCGGUGCUCGACAUCAUGAUCAAAACCACAGAAUACCUGCAGCCAAACCCUGCGUCCAGGGCUCGUCUAAGCAUGAUCAACACCAUGUCUAAGAUCCGGGGUCAGGAGAAGGGUCCGGGUUACCCUCAGGCUGAGACGGUGCUGGCAGACGCCAUGCUGAAGUUCGGCCGUGAACUCGGAGAAGAGUCCUGCUUUGGUCUGGCUCUGCUGGACGCUGGUGAAUCCAUGCAUGAGCUCGGCGAGGUGAAAGACGCUUUAGAUAUAACCGUCAAACAGAACUUCAUAGACCCGCUGCAGAACCUGCACGACAAAGAUCUCCGAGAGAUUCAGCAUCAUCUGAAGAAGAUGGAAGGCCGCCGUCUGGACUUUGAUUAUAAGAAGAAGCGUCAGGGGAAAGUGAUGGACGACGAGCUCAAACAAGCGCUGGAGAAAUUUGACGAGUCUAAGGAGAUCGCGGAGCAGAGCAUGUUUAACCUGCUGGAGAACGACGUACGGCGUUGUAUUAACUACCACUCAUACUUCAAAAGUUGUGUGUGUCAGCAGCUCUCCAGCAAGAUAGAAGACAGGAUAAAGGAGAUGUCCAACAAACCCCGGAAGGAGUACAUCCCCAAACCCCGCAUGGAGCUUCAACUGCCCAGUGAGAAUCACGACGGAGGAAUAAACUCUGCAAAAUCUCCUGCACGCUCACCAGCUCCGUUGGAUCAGCCGUGCUGUCGCGCGCUGUAUGACUUCAAGCCGGAGAACGAGGGCGAGCUUGGCUUCAAGGAGGGAGACAUCAUCACUCUGACCAAUCAGAUUGACGACAACUGGUACGAGGGCAUGAUCCACGGCCAAUCAGGGUUCUUCCCCAUCAACUAUGUGGACAUCCUAGUGCCUCUGCCUCACUAGGCUCCUGCCUAGCAACCCAACAGCCGCCUUUAUCGUGCAUCUGUGCUACAGCUUCACUUCCUGUUCCUGUCGAUCAGUGACUCGGAGGAUUAUGAUGAUGUUGAGGAGGAUUAUAGACAUUACGGAGUCCCGUCUGAGUGGAGAAACAGUUCAAGUGCUCAGUGUGUGUGAGUGUUUGCGAUCCUGGACGUUUAUAUUGUUUUUCUUGUGUUUCAGAUGAUUUAUUUGUACUUGAUUGACGUAAGGGAACGAGCGCUUCACUCUUCUGAUAAACCUCACUUAGUCCAGCUCUAUCCCAGCAUGCUUAUAGGAAAGUUCAGGAUCUCCAGAUGUGUGUUUGAUUGCGCUGCUGCUCUCUCUUCGUCACACACGUUAAAUCUUUUUCUCCUUGCUAAGCAGCGAACAACAAGAUGCUGUUGUGAUUGGUUAAUUUUAUUGCUUGCUGAUGCAUUUUGGCUUUGGCUCAGAACAGAAAUGUUGCUCCUGUGCUGCAAAAGUUAUGUUUUUUCCUCAGUAUUUUUGUAUUGUUUCC